AUGAAAGCAUCAACUAUGGCAAUCCUCGAAUCUCCCAUGAAAGACAUUGACUCCAAUCCGGUGGAUAUUUCGCCGGAGAAGGCGGAGGAGAACGGUUAUGUUCCCGAGAAACCUAUUAUUACGUCUCCCUCUACUAAGAACAUGUCUGAAUCGCCGAUGAAGGAGAAUAUGUCUCAGGCGGCAACACCAACGGUGGAUAACGGUGUAACUCAAGUGAAAUAUCGCUUGUCGUAUUCCUCUUCUAAGAGAAGCUUCGGAAGUAGUAAAGAUGAAGCCUUCUUUGAUACACAUCAAUGGCUUCAAUCCGAUUCUGAAGAUGAUUUCUUCAGCGUCAAUGGAGAGUUCACACCAUCACGUGGAAACACUCCAAAAUGCAGUUUUUCAGAGAAAUUUCCUCGUUUUCACAACCCUUUGUUCGAAGAAGAAAAGCCUCGAGCAUCAUUGUUUUCGCAGUCUCCAGCCCCACGAAGGAAGAAACUGGCUGAGCUUUUUAGAGAGAGUGUAAGAGAACAUCGAGAAGUAAUUUUUGAAGAAUCAUUAGAAAGUCAAAGUGAAGAAAGUAAAAAAUCAUCUGGUGACCACUCUGGUGAGCUCAGUGACAUCGAAGAUUCUGAAAAGGAUAAAUCUUUGAAUAACCAUCAUCGGUGUCUUCCUAGAUUAUCUGCUUUAAAAGAAAGUUUAAUGGAGAAGAAAAAGAAAAAGAAGAAAAUUCAUAUGACAUAG